GAGCUGUUUAAAAACUGCUUUUCCAAAAUUCACAAAACGAUACACCAUGGAAAUACACCAUGUUAAGUCCUGUAAAGUAACAUAUAAAGACGUAAUCCGGAGACUGCAAGUGCUGUACGUUUGCCUUAACUGACACAUAAAAUGAUCACAUGAUUUCAGAAAAAAAGAAGGUUUCUCAACAACUGCUCCUUUCAUGAAGCAAAAGCACCACCAUCUUCUCUAAAGUCCUCACAUAAUUAUUCUGUCUCGGCAGCCAAACAUCGCACUUCGCUGAAAGAUUUAAUUACUGUGACUGUAAUCAACAGCAUUAAUUUACAGAACCAGUAAUAUGGAUAAAAUGAGAAGUGAGCUCAGUAGAAUACUUAAGCAAGACAGAAAAUACAUUAUGUCAUCAACAGUGAGUUGGAGACGCAAGAUCACCCAUUAAUCCAAGCUAGUCUGAACUUGUGUCAUGGCUACAGGUAUUAAACACAUGCCUACCCCCAUGUCCACCUGUGGCAUGUCCAGUCCUGACAAAAUGUCCACAGAUAAUCGGGAACUGGUGUGGGUUGGGUUCAUAGACGUUCUUCCAGUCAUUGGCUCUGUAAAAGAGGCUGUGGAGUUUGUCUUAGCUGUGGCUGGUGGAGAUUCUGUACUGGCCAAGGAGAAAGAGAGAAUGAUGAAAGUCAGGCUGGGAUUAGAAGAGAAGACACAUUCAGGAAGAUCCACAGCAAGCUCAUCUGGGGCCUGUUCUGGAGAGGAAAGGGAAGCUGUUUAUGUAGAAGCUGUUGUAUUGAGCGACCUUCUUGGUUUCAUACAAGCUGGCAAACAAGACAAAGGGAAACAAUCAGGGAAACAGUCACAGCAACCACCAUCAGCGAAAGAUCAAAAAAAAAUGGAGGCAAUCCGAAACGAGACACUGCAGAAGAUUCAUCUUAUAAAUCAAAACUACAAGUUCCAGGAGCUUCUUGUAGACACUGGUAUAAGGUCUAAAAGGGGUGAGCAUGUGAUCAACAACAAUGUCAUUAAAUUUCAUGUUAAACUUGUGAAAAGGUAUCUGAAUAUACCAGGCCAGACUACUCCCGAUUUAAUCUGCCCUCUGAUAAAAGCCACUCAAGAUGCUAUCAUGAAAGAGAUGGUGGCACAUUUUGGAACUGAUGAGUUGUACAUCAAUGCUAAUGCACUGGUGUAUGGUAUAUACAUUGGAGAACUGAGAAAAGCUCUGCUAGGGUUCCUGCAGGAUGGAAGCCAGGAGUCGAAAGACAGAGCGAGCAUCAUAAUUCUGAACAUGAAUCAGUGUGAUGCUUAUGUGGAUGAUUUGGCAAAGGUAAAAUGGAUUAAAAACAGUUCUACGAAACUGCAGAGGUUUACAACCGCUAGAAACGAGGUUGAGGAAAUGUUUGCAGUGAAGUGUGGCAGUGAGUUCUUUGCAGAACUUAGAAAUUACAUUACUAGUAAUGCGUGGGAUAUUGUAAGUUUGGCUCAAUGGUGGGUUCAGGCUGUUGGAAGGGCAGGGGCACAAAACUAAAAAGGCUGCCCCCCCCC